ACUCCACCCACCCCUGAUAUGUCCGUUUUUGGUGGACUAACCUCUACCUUUGUUUUCUCUUCAGAGGGCCGUGUGAAGGACGUCUCCAGUAAUCGCCCCAAACUGGGGGCGCUGCACACAGCCACAGAUGUGAAGAAAUGGAUCCCCAGCAUCAAGAAUGAGAUCGAAUAUUAUUUAGAGCAAUCUCAGCUGAGUCACUAUUCAGAAAGAAAGAUUGAAGAAUUCGAGGGGAAAAUUGAGGUCCUAAAGAAAGAGUAUCAGAGUUACUGUGGAAGCUGCGCAGGUUGGACCCGUCCUGCAAGGAGCACCCGUGGAAACCCCGAGGGUACACCAGGAAAAGGACGGCGCAUGGCAAAGUACCGUCAUGGGUAGAAACAGAUGAAGCGAAUUGUGGAAAAAUCCUGUGCACACCCGUUCUCUCCAAGAAAGCAAAGGAGGAACACGAAAGUGACUCGGAGGAGGAACCGUCACAGGAAAGACUCGAUACACAGCCGCCACCACCUCCUGCCCCGGCCUGUAUCGAUCCACAAGUCCAAGAUGCACCUCUUGUCUUCAACAAUGCCAAAUCUCAGCCAAGAGACGUCUGGGGGAGAUCGACUUAUAAUACUGGCGGGGGGGAGACGGCAAAGACACUCAAAGAUAUUUUGCUGUCAGGCUGUCCGCAGAAAAAUGUCAUCAGUUCCGGAAACAAGAUGGAGGAGACAGCAGGAGGAGAACCGCGCACUGCUGGGAGGAGCAAGGGGAUUUUAGGGUUAGACUGUUAUUCAUCGUCCGAUGAGGAAAGCUAA